GGCUGCGCGUUGCCAUUCGGAGGCAGCGCGGCGCGCGGAGCGGAUGGUCUUGGUCGUGGCUCCCGGGCGCCGGCGGCGGCAGGAGCUGGCAGCGGGCGCCUCCCCGCCCCCACACCCUACCCGUGACCCCCGUCGCACCCCACCGCCGUGAGCCGCCAGCGCUGUACGAUGUGACUGGUCGUGGGGCUCAGCAGCACCCCCGGUGCCCACGACGCCGGGGCGGGCAGCGAUGGCCAGAGCCUGGCGUGGGAGCAGCCGUCGUCGCCGAUAGGAAGCGCCGGGGGCAGCUGUCCAGGCGGCGAGGAAACUCCCUCGGGCCGCGAAGCGGUCUUCCCGCCCCGCCCUCUCCCUCCUCCCCUCCCUUCCCCCCGCGGCCGGUGCAUGCGGGACGCCGGGGACCGAGCUCUUGCCCCCCGCUGACGCCGGAGCGAGUGACCCGCAGGGUCCUGCGCAUCCCCGCCAUGUCUUCUUCGUCCAGCUCCUCGCAGACUCCCCCGUCCCACCACCAGCCCCCGCCGCAGAGGAUGAGGCGCGGCGCCGCUGGGUCCCCCACUGGCGCGGCCGGGGGCCCCGGUAACGGCGCCGGAGGAGGCGCAGCGGGGACCAGCCGGCUGCUCCAACCCAUCCGAGCGACCGUCCCGUACCAGCUCCUGCGGGGCAACCAGCACAGCCCGACCCGCUCCCCCUCCGCCUCGGUGGGCAGCAAUACCGGGCCGGGAGGCGGCGGCGGGGGUCGCGGCGGAGGCAGCCCGCCGCCGCCCAGCGCGACGCCGCCUUUGGCGGAGCCGGGUAGGGUGAAAGGCAGGCAGCGGCGCUCGCCGGACAGCGGUGGCGGCAGCAGGAGAAGCAGCUCACCUGAGAGACGGAGCCCCAGCUCCCCGCUGUACAGAGUGGACAGGCCAAAAUCCCAGCAAAUCAGAACUUCUGGUACGAUAAGGCGAACUUCUUCUUUGGACACAAUAACAGGACCUUACCUCACAGGACAGUGGCCACGUGAUCCCCAUGUACACUACCCUUCAUGUAUGAAAGAUAAAUCUACUCAGACACCUAGCUGUUGGGCUGAGGAAGGAGCAGAAAAGAAAUCACAUCAGCGCUCAGCAUCAUGGGGAAGUGCUGAUCAACUAAAAGAGCAGAUUGCCAAACUGAGGCAGCAGCUUCAGCGCAGUAAGCAGAGUAGUCGUCACAGUAAAGAGAAAGAACGUCAGUCACCUCUCCAUGGCAACCAUAUAGCAAUCAGUCAGACUCAGGCUUCUAUUUCCAGAUCAGUCCCUAUGCCACUGUCAAAUAUUUCAGUGCCAAAAUCAACUGUGUCUCGUGUGCCGUGUAAUGUAGAAGGAAUAAGCCCCGAACUGGAAAAAGUAUUCAUUAAAGAAAAUAGUGGAAAAGAAGAACUGUCCAAGCCUUUGGAUAUCCCUGAUGGUCGAAGGGCCCCAUUACCUGCUCACUAUCGUAGUAGUAGUACACGAAGCAUUGACACUCAAACUCCAUCUGUCCAGGAGCGCAGCAGCAGCUGCAGCAGUCAUUCACCAUGUGUUUCUCCCUUUUGCCCUCCUGAAUCUCAGGACGGGAGUCCUUGCUCAACAGAAGAUUUACUCUAUGACCGUGAUAAAGACAGUGGGAGUAGCUCACCGUUGCCCAAGUAUGCCUCAUCUCCCAAACCAAACAACAGCUACAUGUUCAAACGAGAGCCCCCAGAGGGAUGUGAGCGAGUGAAGGUCUUUGAGGAAAUGUCGUCUCGUCAGCCUGUCUCAGCCCCUCUCUUUUCAUGUCCUGACAAAAACAAGGUUAAUUUCAUCCCGACCGGAUCAGCUUUCUGUCCUGUAAAACUCCUGGGCCCUCUCCUUCCCGCUUCAGACCUGAUGCUGAAGAACUCUCCAAACUCUGGUCAAAGCACAGCUUUGAGCACCCUGACUGUUGAGCAGCUUUCGUCUCGGGUCUCUUUCUCAUCUCUGUCAGAUGACACCAGCACAAUGGACUCUACAGAGGUCCCGGUACAGCAACCGUCCCAACAGCAGCAGCCGCUUUUGCAAGAAAUUCAGGCUGAAGACCACUCCUCUCCUCAGAGCUACAUGUUAAUCUAGUCCAAGGUGGAGCAGGCCUCUGCCCUGAAACAAGGAUUGAGGAGAUGAUAGUUCAGAUACAUCUGCAUGAGGUGGCAACCUUUCAGAACAACACAGAAUAAUUAGUAGCAUCCAGAAAAAUCUCUCAAGGCUGUUCUUGGCAGGGACAGAAUUCAUAUUCAGCAUUUUUUGUGAGAAAGCAGUAACGCCUGCAGAAUGCAUAUAUCAUUAAGCAUUUUAAGUGGAGACUAUGCAUUUCAUAGUAUGUUUGACCAGAGUAGUACUGUGUCCUGUGUUCUGUUUCAAAUUCUACAGUAUAAAUAAGCUCUAUAUAUAUAUAAAAAAAAAGUUGCCUGUCUGAAUAGAAAAUGUCUUGCUGUGUUGUGUCCUAUGGAAAAUACUGUACUUCAGGAUUAUGUUUACAAUUGAUCCAGGUGUUUAUGUUUCUAACUUCUGUAAUACACACAAUGCAAAAAAAAAAAGAAAAAAAAAAAAGAAGGCCACAGCAGUUGCACAGUGCCCACCCUAUGGCCGAGCUUCAGGUACUUCUCUCGAAGUGUAAACUCAGGUAACUUGGAAUGUAUGUCAUAUUGGGAUAGUAAAUAUUUUACAGCUACAAAGCUAAAGAGGGAACAUCACUCUUUUGCCUUUCCUUGUUUUAUGCAUUAAUACUUCCUCAUUACAUUCCACUUUCUUGGAAUAAGUGCAUUCAGAUCCAGGUGAACCACGACCCUGGGCAUGGGUGAACAUGAGGAGAACCAGCAAAUCUGUGAUGUAUAUCACUUUGUCAUGUGCUUACAAUUAAGACAACUGUUGCAUUUACUGUCAUUUCAGUAUCUGUAAAUAUGUGGCAUUUAAAGAUUUCAGGUGUUGCUCAGUUAAUGACUGUUCAACUGUUACAAAUAAAGUGUUCAGUACUAGGCUGUACAUGAGAAACAUUCCACAUUGUGUGUGAGAGGAUUUUGAAAGACAAGAAUGUUUUUGUUCAAGGACAGAAAUUCUUUCAGGUUUCACAGGGGAUGAUGGGGAUUUCCUCUCAUGCUUUUGUUGGCAGUUAAGGAUGUGAAAUGCUACUGUUACCGUCUAAAAGUCAAAUUAAUGUUUAGUUUCUCUUUUGGAAAUGUUCAUUCAUUUGCUGGUUGGAAAGAGAUUUUCAGAUUUUGUCGAGCAGUGUUAGAUGAGCAGCAUUUUAUUUAUGUAGUGAGUAAUUGCGUUUGGAUUAAAGUCCAAAAGUAGCAAGUGAGUGUUCUAAGAGGGGUGGGAAAAACAAUAGUUUUGAGUUCAUGUUACUUAAUCAAAGCUUCUCCCAUAACUUAGUUACUUAAGUUGUAUCUGUAAAAGUGUGUUUUCCCCCCUCCUGAAGUAUGAAUAAAAAAACCAAACUUGUAAAAUAA